CGCACCGCGCCCAACCCGCUAGAGGGAGAAGAGGAUCAGGCUGGUCGCAAGCCAGCCAGGAGUCUGUGGCGGCGGCAGGCGACAUGGACAACGCGGGGAAGGAACGCGAGGCGGUGCAGCUGAUGGCGGAGGCCGAGAAGCGAGUCAAGGCCUCGCAUUCCUUCCUCCGAGGGCUGUUCGGAGGAAACACAAGAAUAGAAGAGGCUUGUGAAAUGUAUACCAGAGCUGCAAAUAUGUUCAAGAUGGCUAAAAAUUGGAGUGCUGCAGGAAAUGCCUUUUGUCAGGCCGCCAAGCUCCACAUGCAGCUUCAGAGCAAGCACGACUCUGCCACCAGCUUUGUGGAUGCAGGGAACGCGUACAAGAAGGCUGACCCUCAAGAGGCUAUCAACUGCUUAAAUGCAGCCAUCGACAUUUACACAGACAUGGGAAGGUUUACGAUUGCAGCCAAGCACCACAUCACCAUCGCCGAGAUCUACGAGACUGAGCUGGUGGACAUUGAGAAGGCUAUUGCACAUUAUGAACAGUCUGCUGAUUAUUACAAGGGAGAAGAAUCUAACAGCUCUGCCAACAAGUGUCUGCUGAAGGUGGCCGCCUAUGCCGCGCAGCUGGAGCAGUACCAGAAAGCCAUCGAGAUCUACGAGCAGGUCGGGGCGAGCACGAUGGACAACCCUCUGCUGAAGUACAGCGCCAAGGACUACUUCUUCAAGGCGGCACUCUGCCACUUCAUUGUGGACGAGCUGAAUGCCAAGCUUGCUCUUGAGAAAUAUGAGGAGAUGUUUCCAGCAUUUACUGAUUCAAGAGAGUGUAAAUUAUUGAAAAAACUUCUAGAAGCUCAUGAAGAACAGAACAGUGAAGCUUACACUGAAGCAGUAAAGGAGUUUGACUCAAUAUCGCGCUUGGACCAGUGGCUGACCACCAUGUUGCUGCGUAUCAAGAAGUCCAUCCAGGGUGAUGGCGAAGGGGACGGAGACCUAAAGUGAAGCGUCUCUGUCUUCGUGGCAUGUAGCGCACUCCUCUUUAGUUUGUGUUAGGGCCAAGUGAUCCCAUGGGAUACCCAUUUAAUGGCUUCAUUCUGUUGCCUGUGAGCCCAGCGAUCUGUGUUGUUCGGCGCACUAUGUCUGCGUGACUGUGCAGCGACUGAAUGGGAGGCUCCUGUCGCUGUUGUGUUUGUGACAACCAGAGUACAUUUCAUGCUCGGCCCCCAGAGCUUCUCAAGGAGUGCUUCAGAUCUUACUCCCGUCCGUGACGUCCACAGGCCCCUCUUUCAUGCUGCUGUGUUUGUGUUCUGUUCCCUGGACUCUGGGACUCGUCUAAUGGACGCUUCACAGACUCCGUGUGUUGGUAUCUGGAUGUGUUCUUUCAGUGCAUUCAUUCUGGGAUGGAUAAUAGGGUGACGUUAUGACCUCAUUAGGAAUGGUUUAUUUUUAUUCUCUGUGAUCUCUUGAUGGUGCUAGUGACAGCUUGCUUAUAUUGUCUGUGUGUUCACGUGCCCAUGGCAGAACUCAGAGUGGUGGGGUCUGUGAGCAUCACUUGCUUUGGGAGGAGCAGCUUGCUGGCAGGACUUGCUUCUUGUGUGGAUGAAAGUCAGGGUGGAUUUGAUGGGUUUGUACUUAAGCACACACCCCCAAGUUUCUAAAGUGUGUGAGAAGCAGAACUGUUCCUUUCUCGGGAGAAAGUCUCUGCUUUGUGUGGGGUGAAAGGGCAUUCAUUCGCGCUGUCUUCUGUGCCAUGCUUGUGGCGGGGGUGGGGGGUACUGUGCAGUCAGCGUGCAAGUGUGUGUGAUUGCUUUUACCCAUCUGUUGGGUGCUCAGGAUGGCACAGGAAGUUACAGUGUGUCUGGCUGGGCGAGCCCCCUGCCUUGCAUCUGGGGAUUGGAUUGUCUCUAAGCUGGUGGGCUUAUUGUAGCCUGUGCUGACCUGUUGGGUCCCUGACCUGUGUGUGCUCGGGAGCUGAGAACAUGGUCCUCGGAGGUGCAGCACUCGGACAUGGGCUUAUUCCCUGAGUCUCCCAUGCAUACUUUUGUGCUAAAAUGGUUUGAGAUGCCUGGCAGAUCUCACAUCCCUUUCUAGAUUGUGCUGCUGCCCUUACUGCCAGACCACAAACCCUUCUGUGUUUCGUCAGAGGGUGAGGAGUAUCUGAUGAGGUUGCAGUUUUUAGUGGUUCUCAGCUAGGAGUGUCAGGCUUUUGCUGUGCAGAAGUAGAGUGGCUUUCCCCAGCCAGUAGUGAGCCUGGAGGAGGAGGGCUGGAAAGCAGGUCAUCAGUCUGGGGUGAUGAGGGGAAAAGCAGGUCAUCAGUCUGGUGAGAGGGGAAAGGGAGUAAAGUGGGAAAGCACGCUCCGAGGCUGAUGCAGAGGUUGCAUCCAGCCACCCAGCCACGGUGGUGACGGGCCUAGUGUCCUGGGGUGCAGGAGGCUCAGUGGUGUCCCAGUGUCCAGUGGGCAUAGAGGAACAGGCCCUGGAGUCUCACUUGUGGGUUUCUGGGUUCUUGAAUGGAAGCACCUAUCUGUUAGGGUAGGGUUUGGACUGAAGCCUAGGUGCGUGCUCCUUGACACCAGGUAGAAUCUCCUCUGAAAGAAUGGCCAGAGGAAAGUAGGUUCUACUGCUGUACCUGGUGUGUUCCAGGCCAGCCAUGUGUACAUCUGGAACGAGAAGGCAGGUGGCUCUGGUUCGCAUCCUUUGGCUCUGAGUCAGUUGCCGCACUAGCCAGCUAAGGAGCUAUGUUGGCCCCUCUAGCUCAGACUCUUCUGUGGCCUUGUGAAGUAGAAACCAGGUGCUGUUCUCCGGGGCACUUGGCGUAGCAUUCAGCGUGACCCCCUCACAGGCCCAUCGGAAGAAGGUGUGGUUUUCAUACACAGAGUCUCUAUUAUUUCGCUGAGUCAGCAGAGUGGCUUGUUUCUAUUAAAAUAAAUGCUGGGACCAGUGCCUGGGGUAAGAAAUAAGUUUUGUUCCUCAUAUUUCAUGUGAAAAGAAUAAAAGUGAUUACAGUGGCAAGAACAGACCUGCCAGAAUCAGUAAAAGGAGAAUGAGAAAGGAGCCCAGACAGUCAAGUGCAAACUCGCUUCCCCAAAUGUCCCUUGACGCAGAGCGGUGCCAUGUCUCAGGAUGGCCGGGAUGUAGCUUUCCAGGUUUCAGAAUGUUGUCUAUGAGCAGAACAGAACGAUCAUUUAUGUUACAGUUCUUGUUUUUCUUGCAGCUCUGGGGUCAGUGCAUAGUUGAAGUCAGUUCAUAUUUCUUACAAGAAAGCUUUGCUUUUUGUGGCAACAAUUUUAUAGCUUGUGUGAAUUCCUUUUUUAUUUAAUGAUCUGAAAACAGUAUUUUUGCACACUUGUGACCGAGUGUGGUGGCGUCACUUUAACCGAAGUACAUGCACCAGCCCCUGUGCAGUCAUUGUUCCUCUGGUGUUGUGCAUUCCCAGUGUUCAAAUGCAGACCUUCGAGACUUCCUGUGGAGGCUCUGCGGCACCGCAUGCCCGUGCCCUGCCCGCUGCAGAGUGUGACCUGAGACCGUAGCAGGCUCCUGCCUGUGAGGCUCCGAGUUGCCCUUGCAGGGAGCAACAGUAUGAAAACCAAACACGUAAUGAUAAACGUACCUUAGCAAAAAGAGUGUAUUUGUUUUAUGUGAACCUGUACAGUAAAUAAAGUAUCAAUUAUGAAUAUCA